ACGCUCCCGCCCACCCGUAGGCCCGGGAAGUCUCGCGAUGCCGUAGCCGGCUGCUCCCGCUGCGGGUGGCUCAGGCUGUUGCUGUGGUUGCCUGAGUUGCUGCUGCUGCGGCGGCGGCAGCGGCGUCUGUGCUUGUGGAGGUGUUGGCCUCUGGGCGGAUGUUGACAUUGUGUUGUUGUUAUUGCUAAUGGUAAUGGCGGCGGCGGUGGCGGCGACGGUCCCGACCCCAUCUCCUCUGUAGCGGGAGCCGAGAGAGCCUACAGCGAACUCCGCGGCCUCGGAGCCGGCGGCAGCGGCGACCCCCCUCAGCCUCCGCCGCCUCGCCCGCGGGUACCCCGGCGCCAAUCCCGGGAGUCAGGCCCCUUUGGGCAGGGGCUCUCGGAGGCUCAGGAUGGCGGAUUUCGACGAAAUCUAUGAGGAAGAGGAGGACGAGGAGCGGGCCCUGGAGGAGCAGCUGCUCAAGUACUCGCCGGACCCGGUGGUCGUCCGCGGCUCCGGUCACGUCACCGUAUUUGGACUGAGCAACAAAUUUGAAUCAGAAUUCCCUUCUUCAUUAACUGGAAAAGUAGCUCCUGAAGAAUUUAAAGCCAGCAUCAACAGAGUUAACAGUUGUCUUAAGAAGAACCUUCCCGUUAACGUACGUUGGCUACUUUGUGGCUGCCUUUGUUGCUGCUGCACGUUAGGUUGCAGUAUGUGGCCAGUUAUUUGCCUCAGUAAAAGGACACGAAGAUCGAUUGAGAAGUUAUUAGAAUGGGAAAACAAUAGGUUAUACCACAAGCUGUGCUUGCAUUGGAGACUGAGCAAAAGGAAAUGUGAAACGAAUAACAUGAUGGAAUAUGUCAUCCUCAUAGAAUUUUUACCAAAGACACCGAUUUUUCGACCAGAUUAGCAUUUACUUUAUUUAUAGAGACUUUCCAAGUAUGUUGUCUUUCCAAUGGUGCCUUGCUUGGUGCUCUCCUGGUGGUGACAUAACAUUGGUUCUACAGAAUUGUGUGGUGUUUUGUUUGUUUGUUUGUUUGUUUGUUUUUAAAUAACCGCAUGUUCUAAGUGUGCAUUUUUGUCAAUCUUUGCAACAGUUAUUUCAUAUAGAUGUUUAAUACUUAAGUUAUUGUGCUCUUUUCUGUUAUGUAUUCUGAUUUUCAAGGAUUACUUUUUUGUAUUAUCAAAAAAAUACAUUUGAACUUAGCAUAAAAA